AAUGAAUCAGUCAAGUAUGGAGUGGUUAUGCGUGUUCACCGUUCACUGAUGACAGUUCUUUGACAUUUCUUCGAGAUUACUGUAAUGAUAAACACAAAAGCAUGAUUGGCACUGCGAGACUUCGAUGUGCUUUAUACCCGGGUGUCUAAGGAAAACGCGAUGAAUAAUAGUUUGUGAUUCAAUAGUCCAGAGAAAUAGCAUCAUCAUGGAAGAGAAUGAAGUAUACAAUGUUACAGUCCCAUCUUUCUUUGAUGGGUUUGAAUCAGCAUUUUGGAAUUAUUCCGAUCAUGUUAUCUUGGAUGAUCUCAAAAUGGACAGCAACUUUAUAUGGUUGUUGUGUUCAUUAGUAUCAGCCAUAUCCUGGAUUGUUUAUAUUGCUUAUUAUAAUAGUAGAGUAGCUGGUUACAUAAUAACAAAAUUGUUAAAUCGAUUUAUUAUUAGAGAUGGUUAUGUUAAAGUUGGAUCCUUCACAUUAAGUGCUUUAAGUGGGAAGAUAAUGUUUAGGGAUAUAGUCUAUAUCACAACAGAUUAUAGCUUUAGAAUUCAGGAUGGCUGGCUUAUAUUUAGAUGGUGGAGAAGUUAUGUUCCUAAAGAUGUAUCGGAAGAUCUCUCACAUUCUGACACACGGCUGUCAGUCAUGUUAAAUGGCUUUGAGUUACAUGUUUACAAUCGCUGUCAACUUUAUGCACAAUUGGAGAAAUCCUUCGGUCUUACACCACAAAUGUUUCCCGACGAGGAUAGCCACAAUAUAAACAUAGACGAUCGGGAUGGAGAGUCUGUAAAUAAUGCAACUAACGAAACUCGUCAUUCACAGAUUAAUGCGAUGGACGUAUCUCGUCAUGUGGAUAACAUCAGAAAGAAGGAGGCUCACGUGAUUGCGCGUACUUGGAGAGAUUUGAUACCAGUCAUUAAACUUGAUAUUUGCACAGGGAGACUAGUGUUCGGCAAUAGACUAGUACCGACUACAUUGUCGAUAACUGUGGAGGAAGCGCAUUUUGUAUAUUCUACGAAACCGGCAGCAUCUAGGCACGAUCAUUUCAUGCACUUUACCAAGUGCAAGGCAGAAAAUUUCAAAGUUAUUCUAGCGCCAAGCCCAAAGAACACUGGGAUGGUUGACGAUCCACCUAGAUAUAUGGGUGAAGGUUUUGUCGUUUUGAGUUCAAACAACAUGGAAGUUUAUUAUUACAUGGACGAAUCGGGCGUCGUACCGGAGCAUCCUGAAAUGAUACAAUUGGUGAACGGGUGA